AUGCAGGUGGAUUGGUACGUAGGAUAUGAGCAGUUUGUCAAGCGCAAUCUGACUCUGCUCCCCAAUCAACAUUUAGUACAUCAGCACCACCAUCAUCAUCACCAACUACAUCAGCAGCAGCAGCAGCAGCAACCGCCUCAACAACAGCAGCAACAGACACCCCAGCCUCCACCACCACCACCACCACUUCCUCCAACUUCAUCCCAGCAACAGCACCAUCAACAAUCACAGCAGCACCACCACCAGCAACCUGGCGGUCCAACAUCAUCAGCUCGCCGUCACGUUAUGACAUCUAUGUUCAAUCCACAAGUUAAAAGUGAACCAAUGGGAUUUUAUUCAGUGGCAUCAAGUAGAUCAGAGGGCUCAAAUUCACUGGUAAAUUUGUCUGAGGAUCGUGAGGAUUUGUCACAAGAAGAGCGAAUUCAAGCACAAAAUAUGCAUCAGCAACAGCAACAAAAUCAGGGAAAUCAAAAUACACAGGAUGGACCAAUGCGUCAAUCUAGUAGCCAACAAACGACUAAAGAGGGUAGCAGAGCUAAACCACAGCCGUGCAAGGUCUGUGGCAAAGUAUUAUCAUCGGCCUCCUCAUAUUAUGUCCACAUGAAAUUACAUUCUGGUAAUAAACCUUAUCACUGUACCAUUUGUGAGGCGAGUUUCUGCAGAAAACCGUAUCUUGAAGUGCACAUGAGAACUCACACUGGAGAACGUCCAUUUCAAUGUGAAUUAUGUCUAAAGAGAUUUACACAAAAAAGUAGUCUCAAUACUCACAAACGUGUACAUACUGGUGAGAGACCAUAUGCAUGUGAUAUUUGUCAAAAACGUUUCGCUGUUAAAAGCUACGUAACAGCACACCGUUGGAGUCAUGUUGCUGAAAAACCACUGGUUUGUGAUCGUUGUUCACUGACAUUUACAUCCAAAAGCCAAUUUGCUAUUCAUAUUCGUACGCAUACUGCCAGUACAACAUACGAAUGUAAUAUUUGUGGUCGCACAUUUGUACGUGACAGUUAUCUGAUACGGCAUCAGAAUCGAGUACACCGAGAUAUGAGCCAAAAUAAUUCAAAUCAUAAUCCAUCGACUCCACAAAGUAGUGGUGGUGCAACGACACCUGGUACUGGUUUUGAGAGUCCUGUUUGUGAUUUACGUUACAGUGAGGGACCAUCAUCACUUGAUGGAAUCGGCGGUGGUAAAGGUAUAUCUGCUGAAAUAUCAACAUUAGUUAAACAUAAUAGUCUUCAUCUUCCGGUACCACUUUUACAUCCGCAGACUAUCAACUAGUGUUUAAACGGCAGCGUGUCUGAAUCCUUGCCGCUAGCGCAUCAUCAUCAGCAUCAUCACCGUCAUCACCAGGAGAAUCAUCAGCAGCACCAGUCACCGGAAAAUGUAACGACAUCAAAUUCUAUUACUAAUUCAUCUUUGAUUCAGACACCAGCAUCGACAUCAACAUCAUCAACAACAGCAGCAUCAGCAGCAGUAACAGCAACACCACUAAGUGUCUACCAAACUUGUAUUUCAUCCGGCUCAUUGGAUACUCCUGAGCCACAUCUAUAUCCUCACUAUAUUACUUCCACAGAGCCCCCGAACUCACAUCAUCCGCACCACCAUCAUUAUCAUCAUCAUCAUCAUCACAAUAAUAAUAAUCAAAUUCAUCAUGGUCAUGGUCAUAUUAAUCGUAGUGGUAUUCCACCACCAGGAAUUCAUCCCGCAUUAUAUUUGUACGCUCAGUACACUAAUACGACUCCUCCUAUUUCUUAUCCUGAUUACAUUCAGCGCAACAAUUUAAGCGGCUAAUUUAUGCUAACAAUUAAACUUUUUAUUAUUAUUAUUAUUAUUAUUAUUAUUAUUAUUAUUAUUAUUGUUAUUACCUUAGUAAUUAUUUAUUAUCAUUAUUAUUAUUUGAAAAAAAAAUUCUAAACAAUAUACUUAAAAAUAAAAAUCUGCAAUAUUAUUUUUAAAAUAAAUUUUAUAAAAAUGUUUGACUGGUAGCAUAAAUCGGUAUUCCAAAUCUCUACACGUUUCCAAUUAUAUCAGCACUUUUUGCUUUAAUACUUUCUUUCAGAUUUAUACGUAUGAAAAUAUGGAUAUUUAUUAUCAAUAAUAAUAAUACGAUCAUCAUACAUAUUUAUAUUAUAUUUUUAAAGGAAUUUAGUCACUUGAAUCUGUGAUAUAGAUAGUAAUUAUUAUCAGCAAGAUUUAAAAAUGAAAAAAAAAUAAAAAAAUAAAAAAAAAAAUGAAAGGAAAGGAAAGAAAAGAAAAAAAAAAUAUUAUAAUAAUAAAAUAUUGGUUUAAUAUUUUCAUGUUAACAAAUAGACAGACUAAUAUUUAAAUAUUAUAAAGCAAUGUCACGGAGCGGUGUAGUUAUUGGAUUCGAUAUGAUAUAAAUAACAACAACAAAAAAAUAAUUGUUAACACGACGCAGAAACACUCACUACAAAUCGGUAAUAAUGAUGGUCUCUACUUGGUCUCUACCGACAAUACUUGUUAGUAUAUUUUCUUUUAUUAAUUAGUUUACUAUUUAGAUGAUGAGAAAAAGAAAUAGAUUAAUAGUUGAUAACUAGGCUUGUUGAUACUCUAUUUUUAUUUAAAAUAGAAAGAUUUUUUUUUACUUUAGGAUUUUUUUAAAUUUAAAAUA